CCUCUCUACUUCCCAAGGACUGCUCACCACUCACUUGCCUUAGAAAUGGCUCAUUUACUGAGGGGCAAGCAAGCUGGUAUUCAGAAAGACCUGUCCGAGGGCUUGUCCCCGGACGACUUUGGGCUUGACGACUUUGCACGAUGCGGAGUGAACUCACAGAUUAGUGCGAUUGCAUACGAUCCCGUCCAAUCCCUUCUUGCCGUCGGCACCUGUGAUACCUCGUUCGGAAGUGGGCAGAUCUAUGUCUUUGGGCAACGGCGCGUGUUGGUCGUCUUUGACUUCCCGCGCAAGGCGUCAGCAAAGCACCUCCAAUUCUGCGCCGACAAGCUCAUCAGUGUGGACUCGAAGAAUGAAAUUUGUAUAUUCUCGCUAGAGACUAAGAAUCUGGUGACGUCCUAUGCGCCGCCAGGCCAACCCACUGCGCUCGCUACUGAUCCGAGCCUGGAAUACGCCUUCAUUGGGUUGUCGAAUGGUGAAACUAUUGCAUACGAUCUCGACCGACAGACCUUGACGCCAUUCAAGAUCCCGAACCUGUGGCUGGAACGCAAGCCCCGAUCACGGCUGAACCCAGUCAUUUCAUUAGCAUUCUCCACACGAGACAUUGGCAAGAUCCUCAUCGGAUACCCGGAGGGUGCCGUCACAUUUUCUUUUAAGCAGAACAUUGCGCAAAAGUUCUUUACCUAUGAGGUUCCGGUUGGGGCCCCGGGCGGAGAUACCGAGUUGUCGGCUGCUGGUGUGCGCCGACCUAGACUGACCAACGCGAUCUGGCAUCCGAACGGUAUCUUUGUGUUGACAGUCCAUGAGGAUACCAGUCUUGUUCUCUGGGAUUCAAAGGACGGCCGCAAGCUUCAUGCCAGGACUGUGCAGGCUGCCAAUGUUGAUCAGCCAGGAUCCUCCGGCAGGCCUGGCUCGGCGGGUGGACCUACCGGGCCCAAGGAGCCCAUCACGAAGGUUGUGUGGUGCGCCAAAGACAAUCCUGAUGAUACCGGUCUUCUGGUCGCGGGUGGAAAGCCAGUAGGCGAUCCGAAUAAAGGCCUCACUUUCUUGGAUAUGGGUCCUACUCCCAACUAUGCCACAUCUUCCUGGCAGGUGCUGUCGGCAUACUUUGAAAGGACUCGCCGCAGUAUCAACCUUUCUAUCCCACCAGCUGCCCAUGCUAUCAACUUCUGCCUCAUUCCUCGCACCACUCCAUAUUUCGCCGGUGCCCAUGACCCAAUUGCAAUCAUCGUUGUGCUCUCUUCGGGCGAGUUGGUCACGAUGAGCUUCCCGAGUGGCCACGCCAUUACACCCACCAAUAUGAUCCAUCCAUACUUGUCAUUUGUCCAUCCUUUCGUGAACAGGGUUACACUCACUCCAGUUGAUCGAAGUGCCUGGUUAGGGUUGAAAGAACGCCGGGCACAGGGACCCAAAUUUGUCCUUGGGGGUGCUGAAGCGAAGAAUCCGCUGAAGCGCUUCGAGAACCGGAACAUUAUCUCUACAGCACAUGCCGAUGGAACCAUCCGGCUCUGGGAUGCUGGCCACGAUGAUGAAAUUGAGAAUGGUGAGGUUGUUCAGGUAGAUCUGGCGCGGGCCGUCGGCCGGGUUGGUAAUGUGGAGGUCACUGAAAUGUCACUUGCGAGCACGACUGGCGAGCUAUCAGUUGGCCUCCGCAGCGGUGAGGUGGUUGUCUUCAGAUGGGGUAACAAUGCCUCAUACGGCAACGAACAACCUCCCGGUACCAACCAGGGUCCUGGGACUCUGACUCCGAUCACCACCCGGGCGGAUCCUGGCUUAAAGACGGGUAUGCUCCCAUUGACUCUUUUGAACAUGCAACAAGGGCCGGUAACGGCUUUGAAGCACAGCCAAGUUGGAUUUGUCGCCGCUGGGUUCGAGGGUGGUAGCUUGGUUAUUAUUGACUUGCGUGGCCCUGCAAUCAUCCACACUGCUCAUCUGGCCGAGUUUAUCAAGGCUCCGAAGCGAGGCAGCUUCCGUAAGACGCGUGGUGCAGAGGAAGUCCCUGCAGAGUGGCCAACCAGCAUCGAAUUUGGCGUGAUGACUCUGGAAGGAGAAGACUAUUCAAGCAUUUGCUGCUUUGUUGGUACAAACCGAGGCAACGUAGCUACUUUCAAGAUCCUUCCGGCAGCCAAUGGCACGUAUUCAGCUGCGUUCGCCGGAUUUUCGGCCGUCGAAGACAAGGUCAUCAAUCUUAUUCCCAUUGAUGCGGACUCCGGUGGCCAGGCUCUUGCUACACCCGGCGCUGUCGGCGGCUUGAGAACUGGCGCGAAGAUUAACGGCGUCGUUAUCGCAGUCACCCCAUCAAGCUGCCGAAUCUUCAAGCCUCCAACCUCCAAAGGGGCCCACAAAACCUGGGACGACUAUCUCUGCGAUUCAGCCGCGGUUGUCAAGGUCGAAGGCCGCGGCUACAGCUUAGUCGGUCUGUUCGGGGAUGGAAAUGCACGAGCGUUCUCUAUCCCCGCUCUCAGGGAUAUUGGUAGUGCCAGAAUCAACCACAUUGCCGAUAUGCGACGGCUCUCGGAGGCAUAUAUCACACCCAGUGGUAAUGUCAUGACAUGGGUUGGUCCUUCGGAGGUCGGAUUGUUCAACUUGUGGGGAUCUGGACAUAAAUUGAGCCCCUCGCAAGAUCGUCUUUACGAUCCCGAGAAAGUUAUUCCCACGCGUCCUACCAUCACUAACAUCCAGUGGAUAUCCGGUACUCAAUAUGUCUCACCAGCAGACAUGGAUUUGCUCAUUGGCGGUCCCGAUCGCCCACCCUCCAAAAGAAUGAUCGAGCAAAUGAGGCUCGACGAGCAAGAGCGCCGUCAAGCCCUUCGAGAAGGUCGCGCACCGCCGUCAGAACCCCAAGGUAGUCAAGAGGGCUACCUAGCAUAUAUGUCACGCCAAGUCCAAGAACGAACCGAGCGUCUCGGAAUCGUCGGCGACUCGAUGGACCGGCUCGAGGAGAAUAGCAGUAACUUCGCGACCGAUGUGGGCAAGUACAUUCAAAAUCAGAAGCGGAAGGCAGUCUUCGGCGCCCUUGGGUCUAAGUUUGGGUUCUAGGUUCUCGCUUAAGUCGUCGAGAGACUAUUGAUUUGCACAGUGGGGUGGUAUAGAAAGUCCUGAUCACACAAUAAAGGUGUUUCCCGGGCUUCUGGGUUGUUUGUUUACAGAUUGCCUCUGUGGUCUGCAGUCUUGUUGUAGAAUAUCCACACUUGAUUUCAAAAUAUGUUUGUCUAUUUUGACAACUCCACCGGUCAAUCCAUACUCGCCACUUCUGAGGAUGGACAGAAUGCGGAGAUAUCUUUUGAAGCCAAAUGUACGGAGCUACAGUCAAUAGGAGGUAGACAUGAAUAGCAAGGCAAGCAUUCCACUUCAUCGUGGACCUGCUCCUAGGCGCGAGAUCUAGGCUACUGGGAAUAGCUCCAUCCCUCCUACAUACCCAACAAAAUGGAUUCUCC